CACCACCCCAUUUCACACACAGCACAGCCAUCCCAGAAUUCCAUGUGCUUUUAUUAUUGUGAGUUUGCUUCAAUUCCCUUCCAAUUCCAACUACACCGCAAAAACAAGGAGAAAGUUCUCUCUUGUCAUCUCUUCUCUUCUCUUUUAUUUUAUUAAGGGGCUUUUUAAGAGGGUCCUUUAAAGCAAGCAACAUAAGAUGAGAUGAGAUGAGAUAUACACAUUUGGGAUUUGGGGUAUAGUGAAGACCCAGAAAAGAAAGUUAAUCCCACGAAGCAAAGCUGCCUACAUAUCGGGAAUUCUUGACAAUGGGGAUGAUUUGUUGUAGGUGUUUCAAUGGGUUCAUUUUCAAAUGGGUUUUGGGGCUUCUCCUAUAAAGAAUAGAUCUAGGAUUUUAGAGUUUUGAUUCAUUGUCUUCGAGGGUGGUGGGUGUGAAGGAGCUUUGUGGAGGCUGCUUUUCCUAAAUCUCAUCUCAGAGUUACAGUCAUCUUGGUGUUGUAAAAAAACAUGGCAUCCGAUCUCAAAAGCGAAUUAUCAAAGCAAACACAGAUUUUCCAUCUUAAAGUGUGGGUUUUAAUGGCGAUCUUCGUGGGGAUGUUCAUUGUAAUUAUCCUUUUGAUGCUAUCGUUUUAUCUUACUUCACGAAAGAAGGCUAGACGGGCUAAUGAAAAUCUUCCUGUUAGCCAAAUCCCAACCGUGUCAAAGGAGAUCAAAGAGAUAAGGGUUGAUCAAAAUUCAGCUCACAAUUUUAUUCCUCCUGAUGGUGAUUUCCUCACCCUUCAUGAUAAGUUCAGCGACAAGGAUUCCGACAAGCUUCUGAUGCAUUCAAACGUAGAGAAGACAAAAAAUGCAGAUAAUAGUAGUCAAUCGGGCUCAUUUAAUCAUUUAGAGAAAGAAGAUGACAAUUCUCAAUUGGGAGAAAAAGGGAGUACCAGGCAAGUUAAUGUGUUCAGACCUUCUUCGCAUCCUGUAACUGCCCCUUCCCCUCUAUCUGGUCUGCCCGAAUUCUCUCACCUUGGAUGGGGUCAUUGGUUUACAUUAAGGGACCUAGAUAUUGCAACAAACAGAUUUUCGAAAGAAAAUGUUAUAGGUGAGGGUGGGUAUGGAGUUGUUUAUCAGGGCCAUCUGGUCAAUGGCAGCCCUGUGGCUGUUAAGAAGCUCCUCAACAAUUUAGGACAAGCAGAGAAGGAAUUCAGGGUGGAAGUUGAGGCUAUUGGUCAUGUGCGGCAUAAAAACUUAGUUCGGCUUCUGGGUUACUGUAUUGAAGGAACUCACAGGAUGUUGGUAUAUGAGUAUGUCAACAAUGGAAAUUUAGAGCAAUGGCUUCAUGGAGCGAUGCAUCAGCAUGGAUAUCUUACUUGGGAGGCCCGCAUGAAAGUUCUCCUUGGCACUGCUAAGGCGCUUUCCUACUUGCAUGAAGCAAUUGAGCCGAAAGUGGUGCAUCGAGACAUUAAGUCGAGUAAUAUAUUGCUUGAUGACAACUUCAAUGCUAAAAUAUCUGAUUUUGGGCUAGCAAAAUUGCUGGGUGCCGGAAAGAGUCAUAUUACAACCAGAGUUAUGGGUACCUUUGGAUAUGUGGCACCAGAAUAUGCAAAUAGUGGUCUUUUAAACGAGAAGAGUGAUGUUUACAGUUUUGGGGUUGUGCUCUUGGAAGCGAUUACUGGAAGAGAUCCAGUGGAUUAUAGUCGUCCAGCACAUGAGGUAAAUCUGGUCGACUGGCUCAAAAUCAUGGUUGGCAGCAGGCGCUCUGAAGAGGUGGUUGACCCGACCAUUGAGACCAAGCCCUCUACAAGUGCCCUUAAACGAGCCCUUUUGACAGCUUUGAGGUGUGUCGACCCAGAUUCUGACAAGAGACCAAAGAUGGGUCAAGUUGUCCGCAUGCUUGAAUCGGAGGAAUAUCCCAUACCACGAGAGGAUCGAAGACAGCGAAGGAACCAUGCUGGAACCAGAGAAGGUGAAUCUCAAGUGGAGAACUCUGACACAGAUAAGAGUGACAUUCCAGUUAUGAGGUCCGACAGCAGAAGAAACCACAGGGCGUAAUCAAGCAUGCAAAACAUUUAUAGAUUUUGAGCACAGCAUUUGCAAAGGGGUGAUUCCCACAUUCUUUUGGUCUUCUGAGUUCAUCCAUUCGAGAUCAAGGCAAGCAGCGGAGGCUGAGGUAUUAAACGAUGGCAUUUUGUCAUUUGGUUCCUUAUUUCCUACUUCGUAGAUGUUGGAGGGAAGAUUACUAUGUUGUGUAUGAAGAUUGCAGUAUAACAAAUAGCCUAUGAUUGAUAGUCUUGUACAGUACAGGUCUUUGUGGUUUUAUAUAUUUUUUUGUUUUCACCAUUUCAUAUAGAUCAUUGUAGUGUUCACAUUGAGGAUUGUUAAUCAAUUGCCAUUGCUGUGAAGUGAAGGCAAAGGAUUUUAUUUUGUGAUUGCAUUUGAAGUUCUUUUGAAUACAAUGUAAAACUGAUAAUAAUGUCUUCA